CUUCCUCUUCCUCUACUCACACCACCCCUCUCCAUCCCUCAAACACAUCCAACCAUGCAGAUCUUUGUCAAGACACUUACUGGCAAGACCAUUACCCUUGAGGUUGAAUCCUCAGACACCAUUGACAAUGUCAAGUCGAAAAUUCAGGACAAGGAAGGGAUUCCACCGGACCAGCAGCGUUUGAUUUUCGCUGGUAAGCAGCUUGAAGAUGGUCGCACACUUGCAGACUACAACAUCCAGAAGGAGUCAACUCUCCACCUUGUGCUCCGUCUUCGUGGUGGUAUGCAGAUCUUUGUCAAGACUCUUACUGGAAAGACCAUCACACUCGAGGUUGAGUCAUCAGACACCAUUGACAAUGUCAAGAGCAAGAUUCAGGACAAGGAGGGCAUUCCACCUGAUCAGCAGCGUCUCAUUUUUGCUGGCAAGCAGCUUGAGGAUGGUCGCACUUUGGCCGACUACAAUAUUCAGAAGGAGUCAACCCUCCACCUUGUCCUCCGUCUCCGUGGUGGUAUGCAAAUUUUCGUCAAGACGUUGACUGGAAAGACCAUUACACUUGAGGUAGAGUCAUCAGACACCAUUGACAAUGUCAAGAGCAAGAUCCAAGACAAGGAAGGUAUCCCACCUGACCAGCAGCGUCUCAUUUUUGCUGGCAAGCAGCUUGAGGACGGUCGCACUUUGGCAGACUACAACAUCCAGAAGGAGUCAACUCUCCACCUUGUGCUCCGUCUUCGCGGUGGUAUGCAGAUUUUCGUUAAGACUUUGACUGGAAAGACCAUUACACUCGAAGUCGAAUCAUCAGACACCAUUGACAACGUCAAGAGCAAGAUUCAAGACAAGGAGGGCAUUCCACCUGACCAGCAGCGUCUCAUUUUUGCUGGCAAGCAGCUUGAGGACGGCCGCACGCUUGCAGACUACAAUAUCCAGAAGGAGUCAACUCUCCACCUUGUGCUCCGUCUCCGCGGUGGUAUGCAAAUUUUCGUCAAGACUCUGACUGGAAAGACCAUCACACUCGAGGUAGAGUCAUCAGACACCAUUGACAACGUCAAGAGCAAGAUUCAAGACAAGGAAGGUAUUCCACCUGACCAGCAGCGUCUCAUCUUUGCUGGAAAGCAGCUUGAGGAUGGUCGCACUUUGGCCGACUACAACAUUCAGAAGGAGUCAACAUUGCACUUGGUGUUGCGUCUUCGUGGAGGACAGUAAAGCACUGGCUUGGUAGCAGGAAAAAGAAUAGAAACGCUUUCUAUGC